CUAAGUCUGUGUUUUGUAGCCACGUAAAAAAUUCUUAAUGUCAACAUCAACACACAAAAGAAGAAACGUUUAUUAAUAUCACAAUUGACAUUUACGAAUAUCAAUAAGUGUCAAAACCUAUAUCCACAUAAUCAAAUCAUCGAUUAUUAUAAGAAAAUAUGCAAAUAAGAAAAUGAUUCUUUAUGCUUGGGGUGCUAAUACUCACGGACAAUUGGGUUUGGGCUAUGCAUCAGUACAAGAGAUCGAAAGACAGCAAGUUGAUUUGAGCGAAACUCCAUUCGAAGCUGAUGAUAUUGUUGGCAUUGCUGGCGGUGGUAUGCACACAUUGGUUUUAGAUCAGGACGGCGACGUGUUUUCUUGCGGAUCGAAUAUUAAAGGGCAACUAGGAAUGACACAGGACAGUCUCAGGUUUACGCAGAUCGAUGUAUUGCGCGACUUUAAAAUAGAAAAUAUUUCAUGUGGCUGGGACUUCAGUAUUGCAAUAUCUGACGCGGAAAAACUUUUUGGAUGGGGCAGCAAUAUACACAGGCAGUUGGGGUUCUCACGAAGCAUAACUUCUACAAGCAUUCCUUCGAGACUACAGAUAUCACGAAACCUGGCGACUGGUUUUAAGCUGGCAAGCUGCGGUGUUCGGCACUCCGCAAUAAUUACGAACGAUGAUGCUGUCUUGAUUGCUGGUACUGGUAGUAAAGGUCAGUUAGCUUUAGGCGACAGCUACAGUGUUAGCGGCUACUUGAGUAUUUCACGCAUUCCUGGUUUGGACGACAUUAUCAGUGUGGCCUGUGGAGAAGAUCAUACCGUUGCUCUUAAAAAGGAUGGUACGGUAUUCUGCUGGGGAGAUAAUAAAUAUGGACAAUUAGGGGUUGAUACUAAUUUGUCAAGCAUAUAUGUACCAAUAGUAGUACUUAGAGAUAACAGCAUACUGGAGGUGUAUGCCGGUUGGACACACAGUGCAGCAUUGACGACAAAAGGCGAAGUUUAUACUUGGGGCCGCAAUGACCAUGGACAGCUAGGUGCACCAAGAAGUUCUCCAUUUCGUCCCGAAAAAAUAUCCAAUUUAAAAAACGUAACUAGUCUAAGCUUAGGUGCCCAGCAUAGUUUAGCAGUUACCAAGGAUGGAGGCUUACUUGUUUGGGGUUGCAAUGAAUUUGACAGCUGUGGUACCGGAGACAAAGAAGAUGUAAAAGAACCUACACAAAUUCUAACUAAUCGUAAAGUGAAAUUAGCAUUUGCCUGUUGUAAUAGUUCUUUCGUUUUGACAAUGUAACUAGUAACUUUUGGAGUUUAAAUGAGUAAUCUAAUUUGACUAAGUAUUUCAUAAUAAAAAAGUUUCAUUUUAAA